AUGGAAUAUCUGUCGCGUAAAGUCAAAUCUGUCGCUAAAAUUGACGUGUGUCAGUUGAAUGGCACGAGCGAUUCUCAAAAUAAGCGGAGCGAGACCGCGAUGAGUCCAGCGCCCCCCGCGCUGCAAAACAAAAGUAACGCUCAAUUCACUGCCGGCAAGCAGUCGCUGUCAGUUAGUGGAAGCAAGUGUACGCACGACGAAAUGGAACGCGAUCGUAUUGGACUUUGGGGCUGUGGAGACGGACAGUCUGCCAGCAAGGUUUCCGGUCUCGACCGACUAAAACAUCCCGGUCUUAACAAGGGCAUGGCAUUCUCUAUUGAAGAACGACAGGCGUUGGGCAUUCAUGGACUGUUACCUGCGAGAGUGAAGACUCAAGAUGAGCAAGUCCACCUCUGCAAGCUUUCUAUCGAGAGAUAUGAAGAUCCGCUGAACAAGUAUAUCUACCUAAUGGGAUUACUGGACCGUAACGAGCAUCUGUUCUAUCGCUUUGUGGGCGAGAACGUGGCGGACAUGAUGCCCAUCGUGUACACUCCCACUGUAGGCUUGGCCUGUCAGAAGUACGGCCUGAUCUACCGCCGCCCUCGUGGUCUCUUCAUCACAAUUAACGACAAGGGACACGUCUACGAUAUUUUAAAGAACUGGCCCGAGACGGACGUGAGGGCCAUCGUGGUAACCGAUGGGGAGCGGAUCCUAGGUCUCGGAGACCUCGGGGCAUGUGGAAUGGGCAUCCCGGUGGGCAAGCUGGCGCUGUACACCGCGCUCGCCGGCAUCAAGCCCCACCAGUGCCUGCCUAUUACUCUAGAUGUGGGCACGAACAACCAGACACUGCUGGACGACCCGCUGUACAUCGGGCUGCGACAUCGGCGCGUGCGCGGCGCGCAGUACGACGAGUUCAUAGAGGAGUUCAUGCAGGCCGUCGUGCGCCGCUUCGGACAGAACUGCCUCGUGCAGUUCGAGGACUUCGCCAACGCCAACGCGUUCCGCCUGCUCGAGAAGUACCGCGGCAGGUACUGCACAUUCAACGACGACAUCCAGGGCACGGCGGCCGUGGCGGUGGCCGGCCUGCUCGCCAGCCUCCGGCUCACAGGAAAGAAACUUUCCGAGAACGUAUUCGUGUUCCAGGGCGCUGGAGAGGCCUCGCUGGGCAUUGCGGAGCUGUGCGUGAUGGCCAUGAAGGCUGAAGGCGUUUCGGACGAGGAUGCGCGCGCUCGCAUUUGGAUGGUCGACUCUAAGGGUCUAAUAGUACACGACCGUCCCGAAGGAGGGCUGAACGAACACAAGGAGAAGUUCGCCAAGAACUGUCCGCCACUUCGUACGCUGGAGGAAGUCGUGGAUGUCGCUAAACCCUCAGUGCUCAUCGGGGCGGCAGCCAUUAAGGGCGCGUUCAAUGCGUCGAUCCUGCGCAAGAUGGCGGAAAACAACCCGCGGCCCGUCGUGUUCGCGCUCUCCAACCCCACCAGCAAAGCCGAGUGCACCGCCGAGGAGGCCUACGCCAACACCGACGAGCGCGCCAUCUUCGCGUCGGGCUCGCCGUUCCCCGACUACCGCACGAAGGACGGGCGCGUGCUGCGGCCGGGGCAGGGCAACAACUCCUACAUCUUCCCCGGCCUGGCGCUCGGCAUCCUGUGCGCCGGCCUCGUCGACGUCUCCGAGGACUUCAUGCUGCUCGCCGCACAGGCGCUGGCUGAAAUCGUAUCUCAGGAAGACUUGGAUCACGGCAGCCUGUACCCGCCGCUGAAAGACAUCCAGAACUGCUCCGUCAAGAUCGCCAAGAAGAUUGUCGAGCACGCCUACAGUACUGGCAAAGCGCAGCUGCAGCCGCAGCCACUGGACACGGAGGCGUUCAUCCGCGCGCAGAUGUACGACGCGCGCUACGGCGCCGCGCUGCCGCCGCAGUACGCCUGGCCCACCGACGCGCCGAAGGUCGACCUCGUCUAG